AUGCCACAGAAGGAAGCUCCAAAGAAGUGGAAGGCGCCAAAGGGUCCCAAGCCUAUUCAGCGUAAAAAUAAAAAUGAGAUUGGUCUAGGACGAGCUAUCAGACACGCUCGACAAAAGGAAAACGAGGUAGAAAUUCUACCAGAUGGUGAACUCAGAUUUACAACGGACAAACAUGAGGCAAACUGGGUGAAACUACGAUCUGUGACGCAGGAAUCGGCGUUAGACGAGUUUCUGAGUACCGCAGAGCUUGCUGACAAAGAUUUCACCGCAGAUAAGCAUUCCAGUGUCAAGAUUAUUCGGAUGGACGCAGGUGUCGAUAGUGCCAAAUCGCAAGGAUUUUCCUUGACCAACUCGAGAAAAAGAGAACUUAACGAAAAACAACGGCAGAAUGCUUCCAACCUGAUUGUGCCCAGAAGGCCGCAAUGGAGCGAGGAAAUGACCCGCUUUCAACUGGAACGUUUGGAAAAGGAAGCCUUUUUGGACUGGAGACGAACCCUCGCGGUUUUACAGGAAAACGAUGAGGAUCUGCUUUUGACGCCCUUCGAGAGAAACAUCGAAGUCUGGAGACAGUUGUGGAGAGUGGUUGAGAGAUCGGAUUUGGUGGUGCAAAUCGUCGACGCCAGGGAUCCGUUACUUUUCCGCUCCGUUGAUUUGGAAAACUACGUCAAGGAGUUGGACGAGCGUAAACAAAACUUGCUUUUGGUCAACAAAGCAGAUUUGCUGACGCGCAAACAGCGCAUUAUCUGGGCCAAGUAUUUCUUGUCGCGCAACAUUGCAUUUACAUUUUUCUCUGCUGCGCGUGCCAAUGAAAUCCUUGAGAAACAGAAGGAAUUGGGUGAGGACUACAUUAAUAAAGACGAAGAAGAAGAAGUUUUUGAAGUGGACGGAGAAGAAGUCGAUGAGGAGGUCAUUUCCAAGAUUGAGAUUUUGAAAAUCGAUCAACUUGAGCAACUCUUUCUCUCCAAAGCACCGUCUCAAAGUCUGAAUCGUCCAAAACAGGGUCAGGAGUCGUUGAUUCAAAUUGGUCUUGUUGGAUACCCAAACGUUGGUAAAUCCUCUACUAUCAAUGCCCUUGUUGGGGCCAAAAAAGUGUCUGUUUCUUCUACACCUGGUAAGACAAAGCAUUUUCAAACAAUAAAACUGUCCGACAACGUCAUGCUUUGUGACUGUCCAGGCUUAGUAUUCCCAAAUUUUGCAUACAACAAAGGUGAAUUAGUAUGUAACGGUGUCCUUCCAAUCGAUCAAAUGCGCGACUUCAUCGGACCCUGCACUCUGGUCACGGAAAGAAUUCCAAAGUUCUAUUUGGAAGCGGUCUACGGUUUGCAUAUUCAAAUGAGGUCUAUCGAGGAAGGUGGUGAGGGAGUGCCAACUGCGCAGGAGCUUUUAACGGCAUAUGCCAGAAACCGUGGUUUUAUGACGCAAGGUUUUGGUGCUGCUGAUGAGUCCCGAGCAAGCAGAUAUAUUUUGAAAGAUUACGUUAACGGCAAAUUGUUAUACGUGAAUCCACCUCCCCAUAUGGAGGACGAUGUGCCAUAUACAAGAGAGGAGUGCGAAGAGUUCAACUGUGACUUGUACACGUUUAAGAGAUUACCUCAGAGUAGACAAGAACAGUUGGCUGAAGCGGCGAAACAUAAGGGAAUUGAUGUCGUAGAUUUAUCGCGCGAUCUAAGCAAACUGACCUUCGCUGGUCACAUUGGAAGUAAGACGGAUGCUGAAGAAGCGACUUCUGUGACCCAUGGUGGUAAGCAAGCAGCUCUGUUUAAUGCUGCAGACGAUCUCGAUAGGGAAUUUUUCAAGAUGAAUGGCGUCCAAGGGCAACUCAAGAGCCCAUUUCACAAGUCCAAUAACGUUGCAUCGGGCAGUAAGAAGCACAACAAAAAGAACAAGAAAAGCAUGAAAAAAGCACUUAUGUCAGUUGAGUAA